AUUACCGUGGCCACUGGACGGGGGAAGGGAAGCCGAGAUUGGAGGGAGAAACAAUCAUAAACUGAGACAAGGUCCCGCUUAAGAACUCCUGCCAUACAAGAUCUCUUCAUAACCACGUCAGACAGCUGCAGCUUGGACAUUCGCUGUUUCACGUGAGGCUCGAGGCAUAGCACAGAAUCAGUGUUUGUGGAUUGAACUACGACUAUACUGGUACUGCUUGGGAUAUUGUGGAUUUAUCUCGAGUGCCAAAGCGAUGAAGUGUCUUGGACAGGGAGAGCCCAGCCCUGAACGGGAAUGUCUUCAUUCAGCUUUUGGGCAUCUCUGGUGGGGUUGAAGAGUGGGGCAGGUCAGUGGAGGAGAGAAGAGAGGCAAGUUUCCAGGAAGCUUGUGUAUUGAUGGGAAGCCACUUCCUCCAGUCAGCUCUUGUGGACUGAUACUGCACAUUCCUGUUCACAUCCACACUCAUGGUUAGACUUUGGAGAAGCUGAUAAAACCAGACUGUCGUCGAAAACCACGCAACUGUUGCUUUUACGGGAGUAUGAUGUGCACACAACAUGGUUUUCUCCUGCCAGUGACAGCUUUGUAAAAAUCAACCUGGUGACUGUGGAUGUUGAGUUGUCUACAUGUAUAAGGACAAAAUGAGAAACGCAUAGAUACUUGCAGUCACUACUGAGUGUGUGCAGCAGAAACCAUGGUGGCCCUUUCAUCAACUCCUCAACAAAUCUCAGUUUAUGACUUCAGAAGUCUGUAGAGGCCAGGAUCAGAAACAAGCUCAACAGACAACACGCUUACAUGCAAUGGAAGAAGACAUUGAUGUCGACUCCCGCAUUGAGGGUCUGAAUGGUUUGUCUCGUGAAUGUAAACCGUUAGAGGAGAUAACCAAUGGACACUCUAAUCAUAAACCUGUCAUGAAUGGACUGCUUAUUGGUCAUAAUGUCAAAGACCACACCAAUGGCAGUGCACCUCUCAGAUCUCUGCCGAUUUCAGCAUUAAAGCAGAAUGGUCUCCUGCAGACCCUGGCAGCUGGAGACCAGCCCAAGCCUGCAGAUGAUAAGGAAAAUGUGGAGCUGGAAAAGGCCAGGCUGGAGUGGGAGGCUCUAGAGCAUACCCAGCCAGCUAUUACAGAGGACUUAAACCCAACCCCACUCAUUCCCUUCAAUGAAGCUCUGCAGUACUUUCAGACCACAGACCUUGGAGAUUUGCUGAAGAACAUCCAGCCAACCCUUCGCAGGACUGGUAUUGCCGCAAUCGCACACUUCUUCUUUGGACCUCCGCGACUUCACAGGGAACUCCUGGAGGAGAGGGAUCUCGUCUUUGCCAUUGCACAGUGCCCUGUGGACAACAGCCAAACAGUCCACAUGCGUGUCCUCCAGACCAUUUAUAAGAAGCUGAUUGGCAGCAAGUUGGACUGUCCUCGCUAUGGUGCACACUGGGAAAACAUUGGCUUUCAGGGUACAGAUCCUGCCACUGACCUGCGUGGCACAGGUUUCCUGGGACUGAUGCAUACUUUAUAUUUUGUGAUGGACCCAGAGACUCUACCCUUGGCCAGAGACAUCUACAAAUUAUCACAACACCCUACACAGAACUUUCCAUUCAGUGUGAUGUCAAUCAACAUGACCCGCAUCGCUCUGCAAGUACUCAGAGAGGAGGCCCUGUCCAAGGAGUGUAAUCGUCGUCAGCAAGUGGUUGGCGUGCUGAACGAGUUCUACGUUGCCACGUAUCUUCACCUGUAUCAACUGUGGAAGACCCAGCAGAAGACCAUUUCUGAUUCUGGCUUUGUUCUAAAAGAGGUGGAGCUGUUCGCCAAAAAGAACCCCAAGCAGAUGCUGCGCCGGCUAGAGGUCUUCCUGAAAGACAGGCGGGCAGGUGGAAUCCCCCGUGGGACGUCGCCAGAACCUGUGGCUCAACAGCCCUCUCCCGGCCUGGGGGAGCGAGGGGCCAAAGCUGGCGCUGCACAGGGACGCAAGGGAAAGGAGAUGCACUUCACCGGAGUGUGUGAUCUACCGCCAGACAUGGAGGGAGAGGCGAGGCUGAUCUAAGUUAGACUCUAUAUGAGUGUUUGUGUGCGCACGUGUGUGAGUAUAUCUAUUACUUUAUGUGCGAGUGGCUUACUCAGAGCUAGAAGAAGAGCCCCACCAGACCCUGAUCCUAGGACCUGCUAUCUGAACCUUAUCAAACACUUCCACUCCUUCUGCUGUUGCUGGGGUGCUGCACUUUGAUCAGAUUAUGCUAGGGGAUCUUUCAGAGUUAUAUUAGAGUUUUGUUAUUAUGAAUUUUUUUUAACAUGGGGGGCUAGAACAGAUAGAAAGAGGUCAGAAACUCAAGAUGUCACAAAAACAAAAGAAAGUGAAUAUUUGCACUUUUCUGUGGAUUUUGUAGCCAAAUCAAUAGCUGCCAAAUUAUUGUGGUUGAACACUACCUGUCUAAAAGUACAAAAUAUACACGUUUGUGUUCCAAGAAUCUCUUAGCCAGGUUAUGUUAGCAUUAAAGAGGGAGAAGCAUGGCACAGAGCAUCUUUUUUUUUUUUUUUUUUUAAAUUAAAGACUUUGCAUUCUCCCUUGCACCAAGACACUGCUCAGUCACAUGCAAAGUAACUGAAGAGCAGCAACCAUAGGCAUGUUGUUAAACACUCUGUUAAAUUUAUGGUCAUAAGAGAAUUAACUAGUCUGACUCCCUGCUACAGAGAAAACGAAAGCAGGUUUUCCAUUAGCUUGAGUAGGAAGAGGAAGAUGGGAAAAUGUUAAUAAUGUUUUCACAGUUACACUGUAGGCUUUGAAUGCAGCUUACUUUAAAGGUCUGAUCACCUUGUAUUUCCUGUUGGUGUGAAUGAAAUGCAUUAUUUGGACAUCAGUCCAAAUGUGAGGUUGUAGCCAGUUUUAAGUAAGUGUCUGUAGCAAGGGGUCUAAUAGACUAGGUCCAGAGCUCCCAUUUAAUAUAGGGGAAUAUAUUUUAAAUAAUAUAAAACAUAUAUAUAUAUAUAUAUAUAUAUAUAUAUAUAUAUAUUAUAGUCCUUUCUUAAGGGACGGCUGUCCCUUUAAUCAUAAUGUCACAGUUGUGUGGCAAAGCACUUCAAAGUUUUGUUACUGGACUGAUGGCUUGGUGACUGUGAGAAGGGUUUCAACACUAUGAAAUUCCACCAGAACAAAAUUCUUCUUAAGUCUCAGCUUUUCAUGGUUAAAGCAAAGGAGACGCUUCAGAGCAGCGUCUUCGGUUUGUCCUUCAGCUUGGUCCCAGCUGAGGCCGAAGGUCUAGAAUGAGCUUUCUUACAUUCCGUUAAAAAGCAUGCGAUUGUAAUAUUUUUUUUUUUUUUUUUUUUUUGACCAGUAAAACAUUUAUUCGUGUGUGUGUGUGUGUGUGUGUGUGUGUGUGUGUGUGUGUGUGUGUGUGUAGUUACAAUAAAUGAGCUGAUAUUGAUGAAGGACGCCUCUCCCAGGAGACGUAUGCUACAGUAUGCAAUCCCAGCUCUUACUCUAAGAUAAUCAAAACGCUAGUGCUGUGUGAUGAUAGAAAUCAUUCCUAACUUCAGGGUUUGUGCACUUGUGCAAGCGAAUGCGUGUGUAUGUAUGUGUGUGUUUCAUAUGACAGGAACUGACUACAGAUGGGGUGCUUUCCUCUGCACACAAAAAGCCAGCUUUACUAAGUACUUGAUCCAUCAAGCUGCAUAGAUGGUACUUCUGUCAUUUUAAAAAUGGUACAUAACAUUUGUGAAGACAAUAUUUAUCCUAAAAGAAACACAUACACUCUUUAGUUUGCUUUUUUUUAAAAAAAGAAAAACUCAAAAGUUGGUUCUGGGCACAGCUGGUUGCAAGCAGCUCUGUGGGCUUAAAAUGGGUAGAGCUGCUCAGCAAAGCUGGUUCCUGCUUUGUGCUAAUGUGAAACAGUCCUCCAUCUUUGUAGUCUCAAUCUGUAGCAUGUUCAGGUAGCACUAGUACUGUAGCAUCCUAUAGCCUCCUCCUCUUCGUAAAGCUUAUUGAUGUCAUGUCUCAGUUACAGUCUGUAGUGUUAAUGAGUGAGCAAACUGUUAUUACUAUAGCACAUACUUUUUUUUUUAAGCCUCCUCGAGUAGAUGCACAUUUGGGUGGAACAGUGUGUUUUGGAGAGAUGUGGGCUAGGCUUGACAUGUUUUUGAGCUCAAACUUGUCUUCUAAGAAGGUGAUAGUAAACCCGGUGCCUACAUCCAGUGGAGCCGUGUGGGGGAAGAGCACAGGUUCGUCCUAUUACUUUUGUCUUUCAUUUGAGCCAUCGUGCCACAGUAGACUUACUCCAUUCAUGUGACACAGUAAGCAGAGUUAAUGUUGCCUCUAAAAUAUGCCAGAUUAAUUAAUAUAUAUAUAUACAGUUAAAUGCACAGGCACGCGAGUUUUUGACAUUGUCAUCUAUUCAGAUGAGUGUCCACCGCCAUCUUCCGUUCUCCUUCUCCACCAUACAGGUUCAAAAGUGAGCUGAUGUAGUUUUCAGUUGUUUGCAAGUGUUUUGAUUGAUCAGGAAAAUUUGCACUGUUGUAGAUAUUUGAUAGUAUGUGUGACGUAUGCAAGAGGAAGCAGGCCAUCUUCAAUAGCCAUAUUGUAAUGUUCAUUAUCACCCACUUUAUGAAACAGGCUUUGUGAAGUCAGACUCCCCUCCUUGCUCUAAAAAGUUGCACCAUCGAUAUGAUCUCAUAUUUAGUUUUAUUCAAUUACAAACUGAGGAGCAGUACAGUGUAUGUAAAUCAGGAAGUUUGUAUAUAGAGAAUUAAUGAUUGUAACUGUAUGAUUGUCUGUAGGGCAUUAUAUUGAAACACACUGCUUACCUCAAGACUUGAGACAAAUCUCUCCUUUCUCUCUAUUUUUCUGUUUCCUCAUACCUAGGCCUUCUCUCAUACUAAUUGGAUAUGAUAUAUAAUUUAUAUCCACCACCAGAAGCACUACAUAAUAGCAAACUAACACAAAAGCUGGUCAGUGUUAUGUGUAUUCUAUUUAGACACAUUUAUAGAUGCUAUAUAGGCCCACGCACACUCUGAUGCACAUCUGCAGAUAAAAAUUCCUUUUAAAAACGAUCUAUAAUUGGCUGAUGUUUACUUAUAAUGUUGAAAUAAGAUUGCUUUUUAGUGGCUUCAGUGAUAGUACAGUAUACUUUUGCUGUGAUUCAGUGUUUGGUGUCAGGAAAACACUCAGAAACAAUCCUGUCUUUACAGCGCUAGUCACAAACAGGUCAAUAUAUGAUUGUUAAGAUAUAAGCUUGAUCACCAGUCAUAAUGCUGUGGAUGCUUUCACCUUGGUAUAUAUACAGUAGCCAAACGAGGCCUGAUUUAUCCUCCCCAUAUUACCAAAAGCGAUAUUUUCAGCAGUUGUAAUAGAUCACGUUCUUAUGCUUUGAUCAUUAUUUGGAGUCUCCUCGGUUGAGAAACCAGAACCAAGAGAAAAAUAAAACGGGUUCUUGCAGGAUGUCAGAUGCUCUGAGAGGUGCGGUCUGAAGUUCUGCUUCCUACAGCAGCAGCUUGGCAAAUACAAUCACUUCUCUCAAUAUCCUGCGCUUUAUAUGAAGGUGUUUUACUGUUGCUGUCGUCAUGUCACUCAGAGCAUUUUAUGACUGUACCUUGAUUGUAGAAGCCCUAUUUUAUACUGAGAGUUAUUUGAGAAUACAGUAUGUGCUGUUGUACAUUAAAUGUAUUGUAUGGAGAAAGCUAAAUAAAAAAAAAAAAAUGCUGUUUAAAAACUGUGUGU